AUGGCGGCCAGGACGGCGGGUGGGGGGCGCUGGGAGGUGGUGAAGAAGGGGCGGCGGCCUGGGGCCGGAGGCAGUGGGCGAGGCGGCGGAGUGGACCGCCGGGCGCUCGGGGAGGCGAACGGCGUGUGGAAAUACGACCUGACCCCUCCCAUCCAGACGACAAGCACCCUUUAUGAGCGGGGCUUUGAGAAAAUCAUGAAGAAGCAGAAUAAGGAGCAGGUUCCACCCCCAGCCGUGGAGCCUAAGAAACCUGGGAACAAAAAGCAGACUAAGAAGGUGGCAACCCUCACCAACCAAAACCAGAAGCAGGGCCGCUUCCGCAGCCUGGAGGAGGCACUGAAAGCUCUGGAUGUGGCAGCUCUACAGAAGGAACUGGACAAGAGCCAGAGCGUGUUCUCUGGGAACCCAUCUGUGUGGUUGAAGGACCUGGCCAGCUAUCUCAACUACAAGCUCCAAGCACCUCUAAGUGAACCCACACUAAGCCAGCAUACUCACGAUUAUCCCUAUAGCCUGGUGAGCCGCGAACUGCGUGGGAUCAUCCGAGGGCUACUGGCAAAAGCAGCGGGGUCUCUGGAGCUCUUUUUUGACCACUGUCUGUUCACCAUGCUGCAAGAGCUGGAUAAGACGCCAGGGGAGUCACUACAUGGUUACCGCAUCUGUAUCCAAGCCAUUCUGCAAGACAAACCCAAGAUUGCCACCAUGAACCUGGGCAAGUUCCUGGAACUGCUGAGGUCCCACCAGAAUCGACCAGCAAAGUGUCUGACCAUCAUGUGGGCACUGGGUCAAGCAGGUUUUGCCAACCUCACCGAGGGACUGAAAGUGUGGCUGGGGAUCAUGCUGCCUGUGCUGGGCAUCAAGUCCCUGUCCCCCUUCGCCAUUGCAUACCUGGAUCGCCUGCUCCUGAUGCACCCCAACCUCACCAAGGGCUUUGGCAUGAUUGGCCCCAAGGACUUCUUCCCACUUCUGGAUUUUGCCUAUAUGCCCAACAACUCUCUGACACCCAGCCUGCAGGAGCAGCUGUGUCAGCUCUACCCCCGACUGAAGGUGCUGGCAUUUGGGGCAAAGCCGGAAUCCACCCUGCAUACCUACUUCCCCUCCUUUCUGUCCAGAGCCACCCCCAACUGCCCUCCUGAGAUGAAAAAAGAGCUCCUGCGCAGCCUGACCGAAUGCCUGACGGUGGACCCCCUCAGUGCCAACGUCUGGAGGCAGCUGUACCCCAAGCACCUAUCACAAUCCAGCCUGCUUCUGGAGCAUUUGCUCAGGUCCUGGGAGCGGAUUCCCAAGAAGGCACAGAAGUCUUUGCAAGAAACCAUUCAAUCCUUCAAGCUUACCAACCAGGAGCUGCUAAGGAAAGGCAGUUGUAAUAACCAGGAUGUCGUCACCUGUGAUGCAGCUUGCAAGGGUCUGUUGCAGCAGGCUCAGGGCUUCCGGCUGCCCUGGACACGGCUACUCCUGUUGGUGCUGAUCUUUGCCAUAGGUUUCCUGUGCCACGAUUUCCGGUCACACAGCUCUUUCCAAGCUUCCCUUUCUGGCCGGUUGCUUCAGUCAUCUGGUUUAUUGCCUGCUGGCCAAAAAGCAUGUGCCAAGAUCUACUCCUACAGCCUGCAAGGCUACAGCUGGCUAGAGGAGACAUUGCCAGCCUGGGGCUCUCACCUGCUGACUGUGGUGAGGCCCAGCUUGCAGUUCGCCUGGACUCACAUCAAUGCCACAGUCAGCUUCCUUUCUGCCCACUGUGCCUCCCACCUUGCCUGUUUCAGUGACAGCCUCACCAGCCUCUCCCAGCGGCUCCAGCUCCCUGAUGCCCUGAACCAGCUGCUCCAUUCUCUGAGGGAGCUGCUUCUGCUUCUUUACCACAACGUGCUGUUGCCAGUGUGGCUCAUGCUGCUUGAGGCCCUGGCUGGGGCCCAGCAGUACUGCCACAAGGCGUGCAGAGGCGAGGUGACCUGGGACUGCGUGAAGACACAGCUCAGUGAGGCUGCCCGCUGGACCUGGCUCUGCCUACAGGACAUCACAGUGGCUUUCUUGGACUGGGCACUUGCCAUGAUAUCCCAGCAGUAGGCCCUGCCUCCUUGGCCACUAGGUUCUGACUGGGAUGGGUUAUCUGAGACUGCUGGGGGACACAUGGGGGCAGUUCUGCCUGGGGACUUUUUUAUUGGUGCCUGAGUUCUGUCUUCUAGGCAAGUGUCCAGUCGUCUCUGCCCCAGUACUUUCGUCUUUGGUGGUGACUGAGCCCAGGGGUAUCUCAGCCACCUAUCCGCAGGUCCACUGAACACUUCUCUGGCCUUGUUGCACAUAGCUCCCAGCCUCUGCCCUUGGGCUGGUAGCCUCUGUAGCCUCCUCUCUUGUCUCCUGCCUUCUAUCUCAUUCCUGAAGCCCCAAACAGCUCAUCCCCAGAGGUGGGACUCCAGCGAGUGGCUUCUGCCUUCUUCCCAUGAAUGAGUUCUGCCCCCACACUUUAAUCACAGCAAGAAAAGGAAAGGGACCCGGAAGGCUACAACACCACAGUAGGGAACAGCAGCUUCACCUCUACCCAAAGCCUGGACGUGGAGGGCUACUUGGAAAAACCUCUCACCUCAAAAUGCCCAACUGAGGUCCUUCGAGACCCUUCACUGCCCCCUCCACCCUGAUCCUUUUUACUCACCAUUCCCCUUCAGUACUGGGGGGCCUCUGCCUCCAGGUUCAGCUUCUCUGCUGCCCACCCCUACCUGCCAUCUGUCUGCAGAGCAGAGCCCAGUUAGUUGUAUGCCUUGGGCCCAAGGAACCUUUCAGCAACUUGUUGAGACAGGAUUCAGCAUAUAGCUCCUGGAUAUGCCUACUAGGUGGAAUAAAGGCCACAGAUUUGAUUUCUAGCUUUCCUCUCUGCAUCCUCACAUAGGAAUUCCCAUACUUGUGAACAGGACAAAAUAUGGGCACCUGCAUAUUCCCCUUUGGCCCUUGCCCUCCUAGGGUUUGUAGCUGCUGGCAGUAAUUGAGCUUUUGGCAAGGAAAGCCCACACCCCUCAUCCUAAACUUGGCCUAUUGAGGGUUCUAGACACACUCCUCUUGCUCCCCUAGUCAUAUAGUCUCACUUGUCACUGUGAUUCAUGUCCCAAUUGUGAUUUGCCGUGACAGUUUAACUAUUUGAUGCUUGGGAAAGCAGGAAGGAAUCUCCUAGGGAAAUUAUUGGCCAGCAAUCGGGAUGUCUUCUUCCUUGCCAGGACUUUAUUAAUUGAUUUGUUUUAUAAGGAAGUAAGUGGAAGAUUUAGAACAACAGAGACAGGAUGAAGGGUUUAUCACCAAAGUCCUUUUAAUUUUGGACUUGAGACUAUGUCAUAACUGCACAGAUUUUCAGUUCUCACCUCAAGUCUCUUGAAUGUUUCCAAACAAGCGGUACUAGAGGUGCACUGCCCACUCACAUUUUUGUUCCCUUUCCUUGUUAGGAUGUUACAACUUGGAAAUUAAAUAGCCCACACUGGGCAGAACCCUGCUCUCCUAGUGGCAGUUAGCAAUGACCAUUUUUCACAGAAAUUAGAAACCUUGCCUGGCAAAAAGCAGUGGUCUAGGACAUCUCAGCAGGACUGUCCAAGGGUCCCAAGACAUGUUCCAUGUCCUCAGUUACUCUUCACCAAUCAGAAACAAAUGGGUUCAAUUCUCAGGAAUAGUGAAGCUUUGGAACUGGCCUAUAUUCAAGACAAGUAGAAGAAGUUGGCAACAGCAAAGGACAAACUCAUGACACUCCUACAAUGACAUCGAGUCCAGUUCAGCUAAGGCUGCUGAGCUAAGUUCUUUCAAUCCAGCAACUUGGAGAAUGCCACAAGUGCUUCAUUGGUUUCUAAUGUGGGUACUGUACCUUGGGUUCAUUCCAUUUCUGGCAUAUAACCCUGGGGUGGUGUGACAUUUCUCUUCAACUUAGAUUAACUGAGGUCUCCACAGCCUCUCACAAGGAGACUGACUCCUGAAUUGGCUUUAAUAGAUGCAGUUGGUUGACCCAGUGUUGGAAUUGCCCAGAAUUUUUCCUCUGGCAGAGGAGUGGUCCCAACAUUGCACCUGCUGUUCAUUAAAGCUACACCAGAGAUCCAGAUGUUUCAUUUUUGCAGAACUAUCAACAAACAGCCAGUGAGUUGAACCAGUAUGGACUAGUGGAGCACACUCUGGUGCUGACAGGUUGGCAAUGACUUGGUGUUAGAAGAACAGAAGUAAAUUGACACUGGAGAGGGUUACAGCUGGACAUUGUUACUUUACUUUUCACACACAGCUGGAGUUCUACAGAUAACGCGCCACAAAACUGAAGGGCAGUUUAAAUAUGGUUACCUCUUAAUUACAAAUUAUGUGGACCUGCAAAUUAUAUUACAUGACUCAUUUGAAACACUUCUUUCCAUUUUUCUAAGUCUUAAAGUAUGUUUCCACACUCCUCUGGUUAUUUGUACCCAGUCUACAGCUUUAGAGCAGGCCAACUUGAUGGGCCGGCCUGAUUUACUAUGGAUAGAUUAUCUUGCCAGGCAGAUAACGUUGCUGGUCUCACACCUGCAGCAUUGCUCGUCCGUUCUCAAAUGCCACCACCCUUGAGGUGAAGUGUUUCCCAAAGAGAGGGACAUGCCUUCCCUGCCGUGUUCCAGAAUGACCCAGUUGUCAGUUACACAGAAAUUUCAAUGAUUGGAUGACCUCAGCAAUUUAAUAUGUCUCAUCUCUCCUGAAGGAGUUUGAAUUUAAGCAAAACACUUAAAAUGAUCCAUCCUUUUUCUACAUACUCUUCAUGGUCCCACUCCCAAAAGGGCUUGAGGGGACAAAGGACCUUGCUUUUCCCUAUGUGGUAUUCCAUUUUUACUGGGUAUUUUCAUUACCCCGGACUUGAGGUAUGAGGAAAUUUGAAGGUGGUGGAGGGGAGCUUCCAUUGUUCAAGGUAUGAGUGAAUAUUUAUUGAAUAUUGAAUAUUCUGCCUAUGAAUAAAAUAUUGAA